CUUAACGUGACCUCUAAAGCACUGAAAACCAUGAAGCGUUGAGCUGUGUGGAAACAGCUGGGGAUUGCAGUGUGUGCUUUUAAUACUGUAAUAUACAGCGAGGAAGUCAAUGAAAUCAGACUCAGAAUUUAUAAAUAAGACUAUCAUCAGGAAGGCUUUAUGUGCUCCGAGCCGCUGGACUUCCGACUGUUUAGAGAGACUGCCGGUGCUAUACAGUUGAUUCUUUUAUUGCAAAUAUGGGUGUGAUCGGCGUGCAGCUGGUGGUUACCAUGGUAAUGGCCAGUGUCAUUCAGAAAAUCAUACCUCACUAUUCCUUUGCCCGCUGGUUGCUCUGCAGUGGAAGUUUGCGUUGGUAUCAGCAUCCUACGGAAGAUGAGCUGAGGAGUCUCGCUGGGAAACAACAAAAGGGAAAAAACAAGAAAGACAGGAAGUACAAUGGACACAUAGAAAACAAACCGCUGACCGUCCCGAAAGAUAUAGAUCUGCAGCUGGAAACCAAGUCCAUUACUGAAGUGGACACACUGGCUCUGCACUACUUUCCUGAGUACCAGUGGUUGGUGGAUUUCACAGUUGCAGCUACGGUCGUGUACCUCAUUACUGAAUUCUACUACAGCCUGGUGGGUCCCUCUAAUGAAAUGAACAUCAGUGUAGUAUGGUGUCUGCUGGUCCUGGCCUUUGUAAUGAAGGUCCUCUUCUCAUUGACAGCUCACUACUUUAAAGGGGAGGAAGGAGGAGAGCGAUCCCUCUGCAUCACAUUUGCAUUUUUCUUCUUUGUAAAAGCCAUGGCCAUCCUAAUCAUAACAGAGAACUACUUAGAGUUUGGAUUGGAAACAGGGUUUGCUAAUUUUUCUGAAAGUGCUGUGCAGUUUCUUGAAAAGCAAGGCCUGGAUUCCCAGGGCCCUAUAUCCAAGCUAACGUUCAAACUCUUCCUGGCUUUGCUGUGCUCUCUGAUUGGUGCUUUCUUAACAUUUCCUGGCUUGCGUUUAGCUCAGAUGCACCUGGAUGCACUGAAUCUGGCAACAGAAAAAGUAACACAGACUUUACUACAUAUCAACUUUUUGGCUCCUUUAAUUAUGGUACUGCUGUGGGUGAAGCCUAUAACCAAGGACUACAUAAUGAACCCAACGCUGGGUAAAGAAAGCGUGCCAUUAAUGACAGAGGCCACCUUCGACACCCUGCGCUUGUGGGUCAUUAUCCUGCUGUGCUUGCUGAGGCUGGGCUUAAUGCGCCGCCACCUCCAGGCAUACCUGAACCUGGCCCAGAAGUGCGUGGACCAAAUGAAGAAGGAGGCUGGGAGAAUCAGCACAGUCGACCUGCAGAAAAUGGUUGCUCGUGUGUUUUAUUAUCUGUGUGUGAUAGCCCUUCAGUAUAUGGCGCCUCUGGUGAUGUUGCUUCACACAACACUGCUGCUAAAAACGCUAGGUGAUCACUCCUGGGGUGUUUACUCUGAGCCUGAGGGGCUGAUACACCCUGAUCACAUGCCUGCUGCCUCUCUGCCACUCGCAGCUCCUGAAAACACAAAGGUCUCUGUGGCACAAAUAACAAUGGCGCUAGGCAGCCUUAGGAACGUUUUCACUCCACUGCUCUUCCGUGGGCUUCUCUCCUUCCUCACCUGGUGGAUCGCUGCCUGCUUGUUUUCUACCAGUCUUUUCGGGCUUUUUUACCAUCAGUACCUAACUGCUGCAUAAGAACGAGAUUCCGGGAAACUUCAAAAGCAGGAAGUGAAAGGUCCCAGGUAGCAGAUGAGGUGGAGACGGAGGAGAUCUUUAAAAACAAAAAACAAAAAAAAUUAAAAAAAGAAACAAAAAAUAAUAAUACCUGUGGUCAUAGCAUAUCGGUAGAGUACCUUUUUCAGUGCUUCCUAUAAGAUUUUCGGGAUGCGGAAAAAACAAAACCUAAAGAAAAAAAUGAUAUUGAGGUGAAGGUAACUGAAAGCUGAUUUCUAAUGGAGACCGUCAAGCAAGUGAACAACAUGUCUCUGAUGUUGGGCCUUUUUGUUUCGACAUCGAUUGCCGGCUUCAAAAAAAUAAAUACAAAAAAGAAUACCAUGUUUUGAUCACGUGACACCUGUUAGGGCCGCUUUAGAUACAGUUUAUACAGGAUCUACAGAACUUAAACAGGUAUAUAUUGAUGGAAUGUGAACAAAGUUUUUAAUGUUACAUCUUGAUUUUUUAAUGUAUUAUUAUUAUUUAAUUUAUUCAGUAGAAACUGAGCCAUAUUUAACAAAAGUCAGAUGUAUGUUUCUGUUGGAAAGAAGAUUAUACUUUUCACAGCUAUGUGGGGAUUCAUAAACGGUUUAAUGCUACUGUAUAUUACAGUACAGCAAGAAGCCGUGAUGCCUGGAGCGUGUGUGACUGAAGGUGAGACUUUUUCACAUU